AUGUCCCGGUUUCCCUUUAUAACAUGUCAUCACUCAAAAACUUUAGUGUUGGCAGCAAUGGCCUUGUUGGACAGUUACCAUCUUACAUUGGUCACCCCACUACCAAACCUCCAGUCCCUAAUUAUGGGAAGCAACAGGCUGGAGGGCCUGAUCCAUACUUCACUAGCCAACAUGUCAAAUCUUCAAACGCUUGAUCUUUCAAACAACUCCUUGCAUGGCUCUAUUCCAUCUCUCGGUUCUUUGGCAAACUUGCGUCGGUUAGUUUUGGGGAGUAACUUGCUAGAAGCAUACGACUGGUCAUUUCUUACAUCUCUAGCAAAUUGCUCCCAGCUGACAAAGUUGUCCUUGGAAGGGAAUGCUCUGAAUGGCAGCUUACCUGUAGCAGUUGUUAAUCUUUCCACAAUGCUACAAGAUUUGUCGCUUGGGUCAAACAAAAUUUCAGGCUCCAUACCUGUUGAAAUUAGCAAUCUUGUUAAUCUCACUUCACUUAGGAUGGAAAACAAUUUUCUUUCUGGAAGCAUACCUUCUAUCAUUGGUAAGCUGCAAAACCUAUAUAUCCUAAAUCUAUCAAAGAACAAAUUAUCAGGUCAGAUUCCUCCUUCAGUUGGUGAUAUUACUCAACUGGGCAAGCUUUAUCUUAGUGAUAACAAGUUCACUGGUAACAUACCUGGUAGUUUAGGUCAGUGCAAGGGACUUCUUGAACUAAAUUUGUCUCGAAACAACCUUGAUGGGUCAAUACCAGUCGAACUCUUUGCUAACCCUCCAUUCUCCCUCGGUCUGGACUUCUCACACAACAAUCUCAAUGGGGAACUGCCACUGGAACUUGGUACAGUUGGUGCUGGUGCUGGUCCAACAUCCCUUCACAUGGAAGGAAACAAGUUUCAUGGACAAAUUCCAGCAAGAUGGCAGUUAGUAUCAACCGUGCAGAUAAAUCUUUCUCACAAUGACUUAUCCGGUGCCGUGCCUGAAUUCUUUCAGCACCUUCAUAUGCUGGAGCAACUUGAUCUAUCUUACAACAACUUGGAAGGGGCUGUUCCUACAAGUGGGAUCUUUGAGAAUUCUACCGCAGUACUUUUGGAUGAUAACAAGGGACUCUGUUCAAAUUCCUCCAGGCUGGCAUUACCAAUUUGUCCUGGCAUCUCAGCUUCAGCAAAUAAAACAAAGCAUCAUAUGUCCUCGCUGGCAACCUUGCUGCUAAUUGUACUACCACCACUUACUAUUGCUUCCCUAGUCUUGCUAUGGUUUCUACCAACUCUUUGGAAGAGAGCGGUAUUCACAUUUUUACAAUUGGCUGUUGUGUCCAAGAAGAUGUUUCGUUUUUUUUCCCAUAAGAAGAGAAGAGAAAUGCAUACAGUUUCGUUCAACGAUGAGAAGAAGCUGAAGAGGGUGUCAUAUCAGGACAUUCUUAAAGCUACCAACUGGUUUUCUUCGCUUCAUACUAUCAGCUCAACCUGUACUGGAUCAGUUUAUUUUGGUAGGUUUAAGUCCGACAGGAGAUUGGCUGCCAUCAAAGUAUUCAACUUGAGUGAAGCUGACUUUAUUGAGUGUGAAGUGCUACGAAACACCCGCCAUAGAAAUAUAAUGUGUCCUGUGACUGUAUGCUCGACACUUGAUUCACAAAAUCAUGAGUUCAAAGCGCUGAUAUUCAAGUUCAUGGUUAAUGGCAGCCAUGACAGAUGGUUACACUCUGAGCAACACAAUGGGAUCCUAGGCAGAGUGCUAAACUUUGGCAAGAGGAUAUACAUAGCGGCAGAUGUGGCUUAUGUGCUUGAUUAUGUCCACAACCAACUAACGCCUCCUUUGAUCCAUUGUGAUUUGAAACCAGAGAACAUCCUUUUGGACGAUAACAUCACCGCGCAGCUCAGUGAUUUUGGCUCAGCAAAGUUUUUGUCGCCGGACAUGUUUAUUCCUGAAAGCCUGGAUGAUGUUGGAGGAAUAGUUGGGUACAUGGCACCCGAGUACGGGAUGGGGUACGAGAUCUCCGUAGGAGCUGAUGCAUAUAGUUUUGGAGUGCUUCUGCUGGAGUUGCUUAUGUUUGUUGGUGGACUUACCCUUCCCAUUUUUUCUGAAUCCAUGUUUCCUGAUAGAGUUGCGGAGACUCUAGAUCCUCAUAUGGCACAUGAGGAGUAUCAAGGGUCCGCAGAAGUAUGGAUGCAGAGAUAUAUUGUCCCGUUGGUUGCCCUUGGACUGUCGUGUACCGUUGAAGCUCCGAAGGACAAGCCUGGAAUGAAAGAUGUUUGUGCAAAACUUACUGCUAUCAGAGACACUUUUCUGGAAUGCCGUGAUGACAUUGACGAGUAUUUUAGCUCUGUUAGAGCAUGCUAG